UCUCGGCAACGAUCUCUCUUUCUCCCCAUUUCUUCCUCUCUUUGCGUUUUUCUCUCCCCACCGAUCUCUCUUUCUUCACAAUUUCCUCUAAAAACCUUCCGACACGCUCUCUAUCUCUCUCUCUCUCUACCUUUCGAGAGCGCUGUCGAAGGAGGAAGAUCUCUCUCUCCCUCUCUCAUUUUUUCGCGAGAAAUGGCGUCGGGUCGAUGCAUUCUUGCGAGACUCUUGUUCUUCUUCCUUACGACGGGCUUGGUAGCAGCUUCCACCUUCAUUUCAGACGGCGUCUUUGACUCCCAUGGAUCGACUGGUCGCAACCUUCUCCAGGCCAAAAAGAGCUGCCCUGUGAACUUUGAGUUCAUGAACUACACGAUCAUCACAAGCCAAUGCAAAGGGCCCAAGUACGCCGCUGAUCUCUGCUGCAAUGCCUUCAAGGAAUUUGCGUGCCCCUAUGCGAACGAUCUGAACGAUGUCUCCAAUGACUGUGCGUCAACCAUGUUCAGUUACAUCAACCUCUACGGCAAGUACCCUCCUGGCCUGUUCGCCAGUGAGUGCCGCGAAGGUAAGAAUGGACUCGAGUGCACCGCAUUGGCCCCAGACUCGGCAGACUCCAACUCCAAUGGAGGUCAGGCGGUUCAGCCCUUCUCCCCUCUCCUAACACUCGUCAUUGUUGGGUUCUUUGUGCUGUUUGUGAUUUUUUGAAGCCAUGUGAUGCUAUUCAGGGAGUGUUUGUGUUGUAACAUGUUUUUCUGAAGGCUCAGGUUUUCGGGCCGUGUAUUAUUUUACUGUGUCAGAAUGCUCCUUAGCCCGAUAUCUCUUGCUGACUAAAACUACAUGAAAUUUGAUUGAUUCUUGCAUUA